UUCUUCUCCGUUUACCUCUGUUGGAAAAAAUAUGGCGUAUUCGCUUUGCCUCUCCCUAUCAUCCUCCCCGAGAGCCCUGCCAGUGGCCUCUGCAUCCCCUUCUCUCGCUUCUCCUUCUUCCUCCUCCUCCUCCUCCUCACCGGAUGCCGGCCGCUUCAGCUGUUGCAGCGGUUGCUCUCUCGCUUCUUCCUCCGGCCAUCCUCUCCGGUCGGCUCAGAGUAAUCGAACGACAAGGGCCCUGAGGAGUUGUAAUUACAGUCGCAGCAAAGUAGUCUGUAUGGCCCCAGAGGAAGAGAAGCUCACCCGGCGCAAUCCCCUCGAUUUUCCCAUCGAGUGGGAUAGGCCAAAGCCCGGUCGAAGACCAGAUAUAUUUCCCCAGUUCAGUCCGAUGAAGACUCCACUACCACCACCGCUGCCAUAUGAUCCUCCAGAGGAGGAUGAGGAAGAAGAAGAGAAGAAAGGGGAAGAAGAAGAAGAAGAUCCCGAGAAGGAAGAGCCUGAGAAACCCGAGAAGCAGUAGCUAUUAUCCGUGCAGGUGAAGUUCAGGCUCGAUGCCUUAAAUUGAUACUUGCAGAAAUUGGCAGAACAGAAUGAAUGGGAAGUUGACGGCUCCUUGCUGCAAAAUGGCUUGUAUUACUAAUGUCUCGCUCGACCAUAAGAAUUAUGGGGAGCAUGUGUAGAAGUUAACUUUUUGUACGGAUCGAGAUCUGUAGUUUGUUAGGGGUAUUCUUUUUGUUUGUCCUCUUGAUGAUGGAUGAAAUUUUGCGCCGAAGAUCUAUUAGAGUUUAGAUAUAAAAGAUCAUCAUUUGCUUAUUA